AUGGCAAGUCGUACGAGGAGGCGCGGGCGUAAGCGGAAGGAGCGCGUGGCUGCCCUGGUGCUUGAGCCUGGCCUGGUGCUGCCUCCCCGGGGGCGGGACGUUUUUUCUUUUUGGAAAAACCAAGAUAUGCCCAACAGCCUCGCCAGCGCGACCGCUGCCGGGUGGGUGGCGGGCACGCUUGAGAUCUCCGUCACCUUUCCAUUCGAAUACAUCAAGACGCAGAUGCAGCUCCAGCAGGAGGCUUCGGCGCUGUUCGCCGGCAAGGACCGAUUUCGCAGCCCAUUCCAUUGCGCAGCGGCCACUGUUCGCGAGCGUGGCGUUCUUGGCCUGUAUCGCGGCGGCUUGUCGUGGGCGAUCUUUGGCGGCCCGCGCUCCGCGGUACGCUUCGGGACUUUUGAGACGCUGACGGCAGCGUCGCAGCGACGCGGGAUGCAUCAGCGGCUUGGCACGCCGACCGCCGACACCAUCAACGGGUUCGCGGCGGGGAUGGCCGAGGCGGCCUUGUGUCAGACGCCCAACCAAGUGAUCGCCAUCAAGAUGAUCCACGACCAGUCGCCGCGCGGGCCGCGUCAAUACGAGGGGUUGGUGCACUGCGUGGCCUGCAUCUGGCGCGCCGAAGGUGUCGCCGGAUAUUUCCAGGGCGUGGGGCCGGCGGUCACCAAGGGGGCUGCCACCAACGCGAUCCGCUUCCUCGGCUUUGGCCAGCUCAAGCGGCUGGCGCAGGGGCCGGCCGGCGCGGAUGGCACGCCUCCGCCCCCGCUCGCUACCUGGCAAGCGAUGCUGUGCGGCGGCAUCGCCGGCGCUGUGUCCGCGGUCGCGACGCAGCCCAUCGACACGGUCAAGGCGAACAUGAUGGGCAUUGAUGGCGGACGCUACCGCAGCGCCUUCCACUGCACCGCCGAGCUCGUGCGUGCCGGCGGUCUCCGCGUGCUGAUGAAUGGCGUAGGCCCGCGUGUCUGCCGCGUGUUUAUCGAGGUGGGCCUCCAAUUCUCCUUGUACGAGUACGUCGGCCGUGCGCUUGACCGAGCGUUUGGAAGCAGCUCCAAGACCAACUAA